AAGCUCGGCGUGAGGUGGCGGAACUAGAUGAAGAUGAUGUGGAACAGUAUGUGCGUAAUAAAUUCAAAAAUCUUAACGAAAUGGAGAAUUAUAUCUUAAGCAAGAAACCCAAAAAGCCAGCAAAAGGUUCUCACGAAUCACAAGAGGAAUACAAAGAAAAAAAUGAGGGUAAAGAUAGUCACUUUUACUAA